AUGACUUCUGAAGAAACAGCCAGCAGAAAGGGCAAUAGUCCCGACGACAGCACAUCUUCCAGUGUGUCAGCGACAUCCCCCAGCCUAGCGUUGCCAGUGACAACAGGAUCCACAGCAAACACAGGUUCUCCUACGAAGCUGUCCUUUUCAAUUGACAGUAUCCUAGCAACUCCUUUUGUAGCAAAUUCCAGAAUAUCCGACACAAGCAUAGACAGCGAUAACGGGACUGAGGUCAAACCAUUAGCGAAAUGUAAUGAUCUCGACCUCUCGGGUAACCUCGAAAAGCGUCUCAUAUCUCGCUACUGUCCAGUAUCUCAUGUGGACCGAACAGAAUUUGAAACUGGAGGAGAGAGCAGUUCAGAUGAGGAUUGUGCCAAAUAUUUUAGUCAAAAUACAAAAUGCAAAUCUCCCACUAGGUCAAAUUUCGAUAAUGGUAAUAAUAGUCAUAUAAAGAAUAAAGACAAAAUCAAACAAGCUAGCUGUGACAAUACCUUCAAUGUCGAUAAAAACAAUGACAACAGUGAAAGCGAAGAGCUUUUCAGAAAGCUGCUUUCAGAACCCACACUUAGCACAAACCGAAGAAACGCAACAAUUCCAGGGUUUACUCUCAACGGUUCAAGCACAUUAUUGUCGCGUAGCUUGGGCUUGGAAUCCAACUCCUCUGUACCUGGCGAAAGGAGCCUUAUGGAGUCUGAGUAUUUUUCGUGUACGAGACCAUCAUACCGAAAAUUCAGCAGUAGCCACCAGCCCUCCUCAUCAUUUGCUGCAUCUACAGGUCUGGAUAUUGUCAACAUAGACAGGUGUCCUGGCAUUAACUACAGCCUGGAUCUUUCUCUCCCGCAUUCCAAAAGACGAGUGAUUUCUCCAUGGGAGUGCAUCAAUCCCGUCUCGCCAGGUUCUGAGGAAGAGUUCAGAUCCGAAGGUGAGAGCAGACGACAGCUUGAGAGGCACCCUGUGGCCAUGUUGGCGGGAGACACCAGCGGCAACACUGAGAACCGUCUUUCCUCCCGCAACAGGGGUAAAAUGGCGUCACAAGAUGAUUCAUCAAAAAUUAGGCGGAAAAGAUCAAGGGCAUCGUUUACGCAUGCGCAGGUCUACGAGCUGGAAAGGCGCUUCCGUCAUCAAAGAUAUUUGUCAGGACCGGAACGUGCUGAGCUUGCACAGUCAUUGAAACUGACUGAGACACAGGUAAAAAUCUGGUUUCAAAACCGCCGAUAUAAAACAAAACGACGACAACUUCACGAGGAACAACUAAUGGCGGCCAACGCCAAGAAAGCGGCAGUGACCCUACUGGUCAAGGACGGCAAGAGAUUGGCCGACCCGCGAGAUUACAUGAGUUCGCUUCUGUACUCUCAAAUCCCCAACACAGCGGCUGCGUACAACUAUCUAUACUAUUUUUAA